AUUCUUGUAAAACAAAGGUGUCUAACCUACUCCCCUCGUGCUAGUAAUUCGGAACAACGUUCUUCCACUACCUUUACUCAAGGAGCUCCCCAAGUUGUCAUCUGAGCAGUUUCUAUGUACCUGUAUUCAACAAACAAGUGAAAAUAAAUAUGGAGGGGGUAACUUUUCGUGAGGGGAAUGUUACUAGAGCGCCCGCGGGCACCAAUUUGGAAACUCUUGUUGUAACAUGUUUUAUAAAUUUGAAGAAUGAAUUUUAAAUUUUCAGUAAUAAAUAUUUUUAUAAAGUAUUUAUUUUAUUAAGUUUAAAACUUGUAUAAUUAUUGAUAGUACACUUAUUUUAAUUUCUUUAAAAAAAAACAUUUGAUUUGUUUAAUUAUUGUCUAAGUACUUAAGUAUGUAGUUUUUAAUCGACAAUUUAUAAAACUUGCCGUCAAUAUACAUGUGAUUUCAAAAUUUUGUACAGAUUUUCAUGUUUUGUAGAAUUUCUAUAGUCGUGCAGAAUAUAACCACACAUGAAUAAAUAUUUAUUAUUAUUUGUUAUCCUACUGCAUAAUGUAAAAGAAAAUUAACAAUACUUCGCUUUAAAUUUUUAAUGCUUUCAAUGUGGAAAAACAUUCAUAAUAAUAUUUUUAAUUUAUUAUAUAUUCGAAAAAGAAAGGUUAAUGCAGUCAUAACAGGUACGCUUCUUCAGUGAAAAAAUGUAAUAUUCUUGUAACUUUAUUAAAAGAGGUUAUGUUUUCAAUUUUUGUAACAACACACUAAACAAAACAUUGAACUUCUAUAGAAGUGGUUUAAUUAAUAGUUAUGAAAUAUGGAACAGAGUAAGAUUGAUCAAGCUUGUCGAACAGCUGAGGAAUUUACAAAGCUUUAUUAUGAAAGUUUAGACAAACGUAGAUAUCUGAUAUCAAGGUUAUAUCUGGAUACUGCAACUUUAAUUUGGAAUGGAAAUGGUAUUGAUGGCAAAGAUAAUAUACAAAAAUUUUGGACAGAUUUGCCACCUUCUGAUCAUAAUGUAUUUACGUUAGAUGCUCAGCCAAUAACAGGUCCUGAAGUGGCAAAUCAGCUGACAUUCCUUGUAAAGGUUGGUGGACAAGUAAAAUACGAUGAUAAGACAUCAAAACCAUUCAAUCAAAGCUUUCUUAUAACAGCAAUGGGAGAUAAGUGGAAAAUUGUAAGUGACUGUUUUCGAGUGCAAGAAGUGCCAGACAAUGUGAAUUAAAAUCUCAAAUAAUAAGUAUAUACUCCAUUUUCUCAAAGAACUAUUUGAUUCAAUAUUCCUUUUUAUUUCUAUCGUCGGUCUUAUAUCAAUGUAUAAAGCGAUAUUAAAAUUUCCGUAUUAGUGAAUCAGUACGUUGGUCGAUCAUUUAGGAAUAACUUUACACGAGAAAGAACUAAAAAUAAAUAUAGAUAUAAAUACUUAGACAUAAAUGUUACUAUGAUACAUAUUGUAUAAAACAUCGAUUUCAUAUCCUUUGAUGGCUCAUCAACUUAAACAUCCACUGAUUAAUAAAAUUCUGAGAAAUUCUAGGUAUAAAGCUUUUUGAAUGAAACAUCCAUCAAUCUAUAGUUCAUGACAUUCCUUUAUAAAUUUUACAAAUAUUGCCUAUAAUUACUUAAAUUUUGAAGAAAUCACACAUCAUGUUUCCUAUUUAUAUUAAUACCAUUCUAAUUUAUAUUUGUAAAUAUUCUUAAUCCCUAAAAUAAUUAAACAAGAUUUUAUAGUUACAUACAACAUGCAAUUUUUAGAUUAACAAAAUUCACAGUUAGACACCUGCCUAUAAUAGAUAAAACAGUCUUUGUAAUACACGAUUCUCGAUUCAAUAAGAAUCAGAAGUAGUAUUAAAAAAAUGAUAUAUAAUUAGGCUAAUGAUGCUUUAAAAUGUUGUACAUGGAUAUUAAUCAUACGAUAUUAUGUGUGAUUUCUUGAAAAUAAUUACGUAUUUACAGAUAAUAUUUCUUUGAGUACUUUUACAUGAUUAACUAGAAAUUGAAUAAAAUCCCACUUAAAAAUCUAUACACCUAGGACUUCUCAUUUCGCAAAGAUUCGUUCAUACGAUCGCUCAGGUUUUUCUUCUCCUCCCAUCCUCUCUCUCCCUCUUUUUCUCUCUUUUUCUUUGAAGAUAACAGACAAGUCGAUCGGUGUAUCACAGGUACAAACGAUGCAACAGAAAUCGAGUAAUCGGACCGAAAAGAGGAAAAUGUCCGGUUCGCAUAAUUAGCAUUGUCGAUCGAUGUAUUCUAGUAGCCAUAACGUAGGCAGUGUUAUAAGGAAAAACUGCUUGUGAAUAGGGUGGCAUUUCAUUAUCGUUGCGUAUUUCUUAUUUUUACGUGGCGGAAUAAAAGAAAUGAAGACUCCGGAAGCUAUCUAUGGAAGACUAUAAUAAGAAAAUGCAAAAACAACACUUAUUACACUAGUAGUUCGAAAUGUUUCAAACACUUGCUUAAACUCGUUGAAAUAAUUUAAACUCGAAGAAAUAAAAUUAUAUUACAGAUAAUCUGCACAAAUAUUUCAUUUUUAAAAUUAAUGAACACAAUUAUAUUAUUGCUGAAAGUGAACGAUGAGUAAAGAAGAAUGUAAGUGAAUAAAGAAUUUUGUUCAGGUUCUUCAAGAAGUAUCCGGAGUCGGGUUUCCGUCAACGUUUUCUGGAAGAACGUCUACGUGAUAACGUAGACAAAAUAAAAUGCUUCAAAAUUUGAUUAAUUACACCCGCUGAUUUAUAUAUGUAAUGUACAGUAGAACUUCGACUUUAUUUGACCGUAUAAUAAACUCGAUUUUUGAUUAUUCAAACAUUUGAUCGAACUUUCGAUUACUCAAAUACGAAUUGGAUCGUAUUAUGAUGAUUACAUUGGGCUGACGAGCAUUAAAUAUUUUACUUUGAUAAGUUCUAUUAUAAUGCAAAUAGUCUUUAAUGUUAUACGCACUUAUACGAUUACUGCGUCAAAAAAUAAAAUCAGAAACUGUGAUAUGAGUAAUGACAUAAUCUGCUUUUAUAAUACAGCAUGAAGUAGAUAGUGAAUAAAAUAUAAUUACAAUGAGAUUGAAAAUUGCGUUUGAUUAAUCGAGAAGUCCAUCAACUUGACGAUAUUUCUCUGAUUAGUUUGCGUGAUCGAGGUUUUACUGUACUGUUUAAGCAUACCUGUUAUUCGACUUAUUCUAUACAAAUACAAAAAUUGUUACAUCCUCUCACGCAUUAAAAUGGCUUACUCGCUUAAAAGUUUCGCACUUAUGAUUUAUAAUCUAGCCUAAGACUGCGUACGAUAUUACGAAGCACGGCGUAAGAAAGUUCGAUGAAAGAACACCGAGACGUUUUACUCGACAACUAUAAUCACCACAUUUAUCGUAUAGCGGACGAGUGUAUAAUUCACGUACAACUUCAUUUAUGCAGAUUAAAUAUUGGAUCGACGUAAAAGUAAUAACGUA